ACUCUUCAGAUUUCAGUGUUGAUGGGAGAGCCAUAUUUCAGCACCAGUCUUCUGCCGUGGCACUCUCUGUUUUUCUGGUACUGCCGCACCGCUGUGGCGCAGCUGCUCCAUCCCAAUGCCACCAUCCUGCCCCAUGCUGCCACACUUUACAUAGUCGCUGUUGAAUUUCGGGAUCUGUGGCGAAUCCGAGCUCCUUGUGGUACUUGCGAAGGCUUUGAUGUCAGUCCAAUGGAUGAGAUGAUUCAGGUGAGUAUUGGUUACAGGUUUAGGUCUGAACACGUGUUUUGAAUAAGUAGAUUGCGUGAAAUUUGAAUGCAGUUGAUUAAUAUGCUUUUGUGAUGAACUCCACCCACAGCAAUCUUUGGAUUACCGUGAAUCCUGAGAGGCAGAGCCACAUCCACUAUGGGAAUACCCAUGUCGUGCUCUGACCAAACCAUGGCCAGUUAUGACAUUUGACUUUAUGCAAUGUGUUCCUGAACAACCAAUUAACAGUGACGGAACUGUGCCUUUC